ACAAGAAAAAAAAAAGGUACUUGUGUUGUGAACAGAAAAAAAAGAAGAGAGAGAGGGGAUAGGGAAUAGAAAAAUGGGAAAGAAAGGAUUUGUCAUUUUUCAACACUUGUUCCUCCGCUUCAAUUCUUUCCGCUAAUCUUUCAAGUAAUUCUCACUCCAAACUCCAAAGUCCAAACAAUAAAUAAAUAGAAGAAAAAAAAGCUCCUGAAUUUAUAAUUUAUACGGUUUUUGUCGAAAUAUUGUUGCUCGCAUCACUCAGUGAGAAGAAUUGAACAUACCAAAAAUAAAUUCUGCAACUUGUUUAGAUCUUACAUCAUCUUGAUCUAUUCCCAUUUGAUGCACUGAACCUUAAAUUUCAAAUGGGAAUUUUGUUUACUCGUCUUUUUUCUUCCCUUUUCGGCAAUAAGGAAGCUCGAAUCCUUGUUCUUGGCCUUGAUAAUGCUGGGAAAACAACUAUUCUCUAUCGGCUUCAGAUGGGUGAAGUAGUCUCUACUAUACCAACUAUAGGAUUCAAUGUGGAAACUGUGCAGUACAAAAACAUUAAAUUUCAAGUGUGGGAUCUGGGUGGGCAGACAAGUAUAAGACCUUACUGGAGAUGUUAUUUUCCAAACACUCAAGCCAUAAUUUAUGUGGUGGACUCAAGUGAUACUGAUCGGCUUGCCAUAGCCAAGGAUGAAUUCCAUGCAAUCUUAGAGGAAGAAGAAUUGAAGGGUGCAGUGGUCCUAAUUUUUGCUAACAAGCAGGAUCUGCCUGGUGCACUUGACGAUGCUGCUGUCACCGAGCAAUUGGAGCUGCACAAGAUCAAAAGCCGGCAAUGGGCUAUCUUCAAGACUUCUGCCACCAAAGGAGAAGGCCUUUUUGAGGGCUUAGACUGGUUGAGUAAUACAUUGAAAUCUGGAAGUGGUUAAGUUCUCUCUAAAACGAGUAACGAGAAGUCAUGUAGCUGAUGAGGAGCGAGAAUGAGUUCAUAUUUGGUAGUGAGUAGUGUUACUUUGUGAUUGAUAUUUGAGAUCGGAGGAAACCAUAAUUUUUCAUCGUUGGUUGCAUUUCACCGCCAAUAGACAUAAUUUUUUUGUCCCCCCUUAUAUGAAAGAAAUUAUUGGAGCUUGCAAUCUCAUUACUCAAGUCAUAAUUUAAUUCUUGGUUUUUCAUAUAUAUAUGUAAUUUAGUACAGUAGUACAUAAUAACUAAAACUUGUGUAAGAUGGUAUCAUCUCAUGUAUCACUUGGUGAGAGUGGGAUGCUUGUUUUCAUAUAAAAACAUUGAGGUGAAUGAGAAUGCACUAUCAGACUAUAUACUAUAUAGUCCCUCUUCGUAUAACAUUAUAAACAGGCAGACUAUGCUCAUA